GGGAAGACGUUCGAGCUCCUCAACUGCGACAAGCACAAGGCGCUGCUGCUGCGGAACGGCCGGGACCCCGGGGAGGUGCGACCCGACAUCACCCACCAGAGUCUCCUGAUGCUCAUGGACAGCCCCCUGAAUCGGGCUGGUCUCCUGCAGGUUUAUAUCCAUACCCAGAAGAAUGUUCUAAUCGAAGUCAAUCCCCAAACCAGAAUCCCAAGAACUUUUGAUCGAUUCUGUGGUCUUAUGGUUCAGUUGCUGCAUAAGCUCAGUGUUCGAGCAGCCGAUGGGCCUCAGAAAUUGUUGAAGGUGAUUAAAAAUCCAGUCAGUGAUCAUCUCCCUGUGGGCUGUAUGAAGAUAGGUACCUCUUUUGCAGUUCCAAAGGUGUCAGAUCUGCGUGAACUAGUUCCUACAGCAGAGCCAGUUGCCAUUGUUGUGGGAGCUUUUGCCCACGGUUCGGUCAAUGUUGACUAUACAGAAAAGAUGGUCUCCAUCAGCAACUAUCCCCUCUCUGCUGCCCUGACAUGUGCUAAAAUUACUACUGCCUUUGAGGAAGUUUGGGGAGUAGUAUGAGCUUCUGCUGCUACUACUGUCAUGGUGGACUCCUAUACAGUGACUCCGUGUUCUGGAGAGGCUCUUUUACUUAGGUGUGAACCUGGUGCAACUUUGGGCUUCUGGAAGGGAAAAGGCUUCAAUUUUGUCCUUGUAGCUUCUGGAGCAAUGAGACUUUAAAUGGACUGCCCUACUGACCUUUUUUUCCCUCCUAUUAAAGGUCACUUUUGAUAAG